UUAGCAUCCACUAAGUUUUCAGUUUUCUUACAGUUAACAACUAGUAAAACAACACAAAACCAAUAUCAUCAUGAAAUUCGUUAUUGUUCUCGUCGCCCUUUUCGGUUUGGCUUUGGCCGCCCCAGCUGCCCAAGAAGCUUCCAUCGUCCGUUCAGACAGCAAUGUCGGUGCUGAAGGAUACGAUUUCGCUGUUGAGACCAGUGACGGUAAGGCUCACUCUGAACAAGGUCAAUUGAAGAACAUCGGAACUGAAGCCGAAGCUCUCUCAGUUAAGGGAUCUUUCUCUUACAUCGGAGAUGAUGGUAUCACCUACACCGUCAACUACAUCGCCGAUGAGAACGGUUUCCAACCCAGCGCCGCUCAUUUGCCCGUUGCCCCAGUUGCUUAAGUGAUCUAACUUUUUAUGUGACCUAAAGUAAAGAUGAUAUUGUUUGUUGUUAAUUAUUGCGAAAAAAUAUAAAAAAAAAUAUUCAAGUAAAAA